UUGUAAACAACGCUAUUGCCUCAUGACUUCAACAGGUCAUCAUAUCCUGAGGCAAGAGGUAUAAAGACGCAGGAACCUGGGACCACUCACGCUGAAGAAGACAGAGUUCUCAGAGUGUGAUUGCAACCAGGUCUAGGAGACACCAGAGUCUUUAAGAGAAAACUGGCAAGAGUUCUGAAGGCCUUGAAAUCAAAACAUCGAAGUAUCAUCUCUGGUGAAAGAGGAAGAUGGCUCCCAAAUGCGUUUGGCUGUUCUUGCUGCUGAGCUUUGUAACUGGCCCUGAAGUCAUGAGUGCUGUCUGGAGACCCAGCUGUGCUGCAGGAUGGUUUUACUACAGUUCCCACUGCUAUGGAUACUUUCGGAAGAUGGGAAACUGGUCUCAGGCUGAGGAGGAGUGUCAGAAGUACGGAAGUGGAUCCCACCUGGCAUCUCUCUCGAAUUCAAAGGAAGCCAGAGUCGUAGCAAAGUACAUACUUGGCUAUCAGAGAAACCUGCCUGUGUGGAUUGGCCUGCAUGACCCACAGAAGACGCAGUUAUGGCAGUGGAUUGACGGGUCUAUAGACCUGUACUCACCGUGGAAUUACAAGACAAAGAGUGGAGCCAAUUACUGUGCUGCGCUGAACCCCAAGGAUAGAUUUUUAAGCUGGAACAAGAAUAGAUGCAGUGAGCGCCAACACUUCCUAUGCAAGUACAAGCCAUAGAGCAAGAAUUCAGGGCCUGCCAGCUGUGCGCAAGCUCCCUCUUCCUCCCUCUCACCUGGCGGCUGAUAUAAUCCUUAUCCCCCCAGAGGAAGCACAGCAGCGAACACUGAUGAGGCCUCCAGUCCACUGACUAUCAGGCUCAGAGAGCGUAGCAUGGUGGGACAGGGGCUUCCAGCUUCAGAGAGCUUAGCAUGGUGGGACAGCGGUUUCCAGUCUCAGGGAUUGGCGUGGUGGGGCAGUGGCUUCUGGUCUCAGUGUUCACUCUGCAGUCCUUCCUGAUAGUCCUUUUUCCCUUUGGCUGUCUCAAACAAAUCGAAAUAUACUCGCGGACCACUGGGUCUCUGUCAUACCAGUAAAGUUUGGAGCCAAAACACAAAUGGUCAAGAGUGAGCUUCUGUCCCUUCAGCCCCUGUAACCUCCGACCUCCCUCUGUCACCCACACAUGUCCCUGUACUUCCCUACUGUCCAUCCUCUUGUGUGGAGUGUUCAUCAGUGGAGUCCCUGCCGGUCUGAAGUGGACCAUGAAUUAUUCAUUGAGUAGUGGUGUGUAGGAGCCUGCUGAGUCCCACUGUAGUGGUGUGUAGGAGCCUGCGGAGUCCCACUGUAGUGGUGACGGGGACGGAAAGGGGAAAUAAGACUCAGGAACACUCCUGCAUGGUGUUCCAUCUUCCUCCCCCUCGCCCUGCCUCCUGUGUCCCCAGCAGCACUCAGUCUGAGUAGAGAGGUAAACAGUGUCCCUGCAAGGCUCAGAGUGAGUGGAGCAAUGCUUAAUUAAGAGUUCUUCUGGGCCUAUGAUGGGAGGUGACAGUCACAAGUGGUGCGGAGGACUGACCCGGAGGCCCUGGAAUUCACCUCUUCUCUGCCACUAACAAACUCCGUGGCCUUACUCACUUCUCCGUGCUCCGAGUUUAAGAUUCCUUAUAGCAUGUCUGUUCCAAUAAAAAGGAGGUAACCAAACUAUAAAACACUUACAUCUUCAUCCCCCAGGUCAUGGGUCUGCAUGGCAGUACAAGAACAUAGGAUUUGCUGGCUGUUGAGAAGAUCGCUCGCUUUGGUAUGAUCCUGACCUUGUCUAGUAGAAGGAAAAGUGUCCAGGAAGAGAAAGUCCAUGUGACAUGGCCGUGCAAUUAGGUGGACAGCUGCUUGCUUUAUCCUUGUGACAUGGCCAAGCAGUGAACACAGCUUGCUGCGUUGUUCUGAGAAUGGCCCUUUAUCCCCAGAGCCAUCGGGGGCUGACUGCAGGAAAACUGAAGGAAAGGUUAGCGAGGAAAGAGGUAACCAAGAGGAAAACAGCAGUCAGAUAUUACUCUAAUGGGGCCUGUUGACCUGUAAAUAAAUCAUACUAGGGAGAUUUCAGAGGAGGUGACAGGCAGGUACAGAAGGGCCAUUUUCAUUUUCACGGAAAGGGCAGCCACCCACUCCAAAGAGGGAAGUGAAAGCGUCAGAUUCCUGGAUAGAGGUGAUGGAUGAACUGAGGGUGCAGGCUGAGGGGUGCCACGUAGAAUCCAGGCCCCAGACGCUGCAGCGCUACAGGGAGAACUGGAACAUGGAGAGGUCACAGAGGGACUAUCCCCUCACGAGGCAAGGCCUCGUUGUUUAUGGAAUAAGGCGCAGGAGAAAAGAAAGAACCUGGGUCCAGGUUCCCUCCUAGUUUAUUUAUGUCCCCACCACAGCAAAGGAGAGA